CCCUCUGACCUGUCUUCUCCAGGCAGUUAAGUUGUGGAAUUUCCCUGAUUUGCAAAUAACAAUGAACAGUAUUAUUCUUCCACCCCAACAGGAGACCCAUCUAACCUCGUAAACUGCAGCAUAACCAGCCUCCAGCCCCACGUCAUCAACAGCUCCAGCAGUGGCGGUGGUACCCAGGUGUUCCAGCAGCGUCAUGCCCAGCAGCAGCAGCUUCAUCAGGGCAUUCAGCGGGCCAUGCAGGGUCUCCCUCCUGGCUACCAGGGCUCACAGCAACCUGGCUUCCCUGAAAACAACAACUCCUCCAACGCCCACCCUAUGGCCUGCCUGUUCCAGAACUUCCAGGGGUGUUUGUCAGACAACAGCAUUUCAGUCCCUCACUCACAGAUGAUCUCUCAGUCUGGUAUGACAUCACUUCCUGAGUCUCAGGGGAUGCUGUCACACACCCAGUUUGGUGUCAGCCAACAGGAGAUGCAACAGACUCCGGGAGAGGGGCUUCCCCCAGGGAUGCACGGCUCUGAUAGGCUACCCAACGGAGGGGUGGAGUCUGUAGACGCCAUCUACAGGGCUGUGGUGGAUGCUGCCAGUAAAGGAAUGCAUGUAGUCAUCACCACCACUGUUAGUGGCACUACCCAGUCCAGCCCGGUACCCACUCUCAGCACCAUGACUGCCUUCACUAACUCCGUAGGGGAGCCGGUCAGCAUCAACCACAACCUCCCUCACAGCCAUGCUGCAGUCAGCCAUAGUGGCCACCGGGUGGCGCACCAGGAGGGGGAGCAGACACCGACCCUGAGCCAACAGCCCAGACCCAGGCAGGUCAGAGCAGGACGGCCCCGGAAGCACUCUGGUCAGGGGAAGAGUACUGUUAGCAUCCCCGAGGGUCAGGGAGCACUUCCAGAGGCCCCCCACCAGGACUACUUCAGAUCCCCAGGCCAUGGCACCCCUAGGGGGCAGUGGGAAGGCGAGACUGGGUACCCUGGAAGUCUGGACAGAGGUCACACGGCAUGGGGGCGCUCCUGCACCCCCUGUCCAGCCGACAGCUCCCCCCACGAAGGUCACCACCACUCUCUCCCCGUCCCCUCAGACAAGGCCUUCCUGGAGGAUGGAUUCAACCGCUUCAACAACUGCAACCGGACGGCCGUGAACAUCGUUAACUACAAAGAGAGGUUGGAUCAGACUGUGGAGAGAUGCGCCCAUAUGAACGGAGGUGGCGUCGGACCCCCCCAGGUCCAGUUCUCUCUACGGGGGUACGGUGUGUCUGACCCCCUCGGCCCCCCCAGACAGGGAGACCUAACCGGGGACGACCAGUCUCCCAGCUCCUCCACCAGCCUGGAGGGUCCGUUGGUUAAAGAGUACGUGGGCCACUACAACGGGCACUUCAGCCCAUCUGACACCAAGUCCCUGAGCAGUGAGGAGGACCUGAGGCAACCAGACAGCCCAUCGUCAGAGAUGCUCCACUAUAGACCCAGGACGUUUAACAUGGGGGAUCUGGUCUGGGGACAGGGCUUUAAAGGGUUCCCAUCCUGGCCUGGUAAACUGUCAGGGGAGGAGGCGGGGCACAACCAUCACCAUGGCAGCCUGCAGCUCAGAGAGGACAGCAAGGUGGAGACGGAGAAGCUGAAAACACUGACCCAUGACCUAGAGGCCCUUGACAGAGUGACCAAGAGGAACAGAAAAGCUGGGAAGUUGAAUAAUCAUUUAGAAGCUGCUAUACAUGAGGCCAUGAGUGAGCUAGACAAGAUGUCAGGGACUGUGAGUAUACUAGUAACACCAUGCUCUCCCAGAUG